UGUUAACUGACGUUGCUUUGUGACUUGAAAUAGUCAUAAUACAAUUCAGUGUCUGGCUGUAAGCGUCAAGAAGGUCGAUAUUUAAUUUGUUUUCGUGGCAUGAUAAUAUAAAAUUAUCAGUUGGCAUAGAUGGUGCUAACUCUUCAGGCCGCAGCUGGCUAUGAAUAAAACCAUAAUCACAUCAAAUAAAGAAGGCGUUGGCGAUUUCCAAUCAACACGGGUAAAUGCAGGUUACUCAGGCAGAUUCAAGUUCCUCUAAAAGAGUCGGAGUCGCGGAACAUUUAAUCAAAUUUAGAUCAUCGCCGAAUUUUAAAAUUAUGAAAAAAUUUAUAAGAUCCAAAAUGGAUCAUAUAGAAGUUACUAAUCGAACGGCCCCUGAUCCGCCGCCACCUCCAAAUGUUCAGCCACCGCUACCCUUGGAUCCACCACCUUUGGAUGAGAAAUAUAGUUUGCAAGUUAAGCAAGAGAUAGAUGAUAGUAAAUACGAGAACAGCACCAGUGAAGAAGUACCCGAGAUACAAAACAGAGAGAUAGUUAAUGGCACAAACAGUACACAGCAGGAACCAACAGAAAAAUCUAAAGUACCGAUAUGCAGAGACUUCAUAAGAGGGUCAUGUAAACGUCCUGGAACUUGUCGAUACGCACAUAAAUAUGAUCUGAGCCAAUUAGUGGGAGUAUAUACGUUUUGUCGUGACUAUCAAACAUCAGUUUGCACAUAUCCAAUCUGUAAAUAUGUGCAUGCGACUGUAUUUGAAGAGCAGCACUUCUAUAGGACAGGAGUGUUGCCACCUCAUGCAUUGGCUCAUCAUAAUAAAGUUAAUGUGAACGUAGUCCAACCGCCACCACCACCACCGCCACCACCACCACAACCACAACCACAAGUUACAGACGUCCAGAACAAUUUUUCGCAUGUACCAAUGAGAACGCCAAUGAUAUUCACAGUACCACCUCCGAAUUUACAAAACGAAAUAUCACAAGUUGACCUGACAAAUACCAGGACAUCGAAAAAAUCCUUUUUGGAACACUUCGGCAGCUCGCCCAGCGACCGCGACACCUAUGAACCGUUCCCAAAAAAAUGCAAACAUUGUGAUAUCAUGGAUUUCAGAUUGCAAUACCACAAAGACGUGGUUGAAAAAAUGGAGCUUGCUAGGGAUGAAAAAAUUGAAAACACAUGUCUAUUAGAAAGGAAAAAGAAGAAAAUUAAUGCACUUAUAUUAACUCUAUUCAAAUUGUCAUCGAAGAAUCAAAAUCACAGCAGCGACAAAGAAACCAAUCAUGGCGGUGAUAAAGACAAGAUGUUAUUAGAGCAACUAAGCAGCAUCCUCAGUGUCAACGGUAGAAUGUCAACCCUUGGAGAGGAUGAAUAAUAUUUAAGGAUCGAGCAGACGAUAGUCUGGAAGGCGAGACAUUAACGCCGGCUCGGUUGUAGUGAACUAUAGACAUUGGUCCACGUUACAACCAACAAGGAAAUAAUUCAAUAACAUUCAGAGUAGUGAGUGAUUGUUAGGGAAGUGUCGGAACGGACGAUUCGAGUUCUCGCGUACCUCGCCCGCCUCGGCUCCGCGAGUGUGAGUGAUGGGACACUGCGAGGCGCCCCACCGACCAGCGGCCCAAGGGUCGCGUGCUCUGAGAGCAACGGCGACUGUCGUUGAGCCAUCUAAGGUUGCUCCGGCUUCAACGCUCCAGAAAGCGUUGUUACACUCAAAGGCGAUAUCGACAGCCUCGUGAUCUGGAGCGUGAUUCAUUACAACCGAGUUACACUGAGGAGUCACACAGAGUGCAGGCCUUUGUGACGACCGACCAAUGAGCGAAGCUCUCAGGGUCAACAGAGCUUAAGUAAAACACAGAAAAGUCACAAAAUUAAAGCAUCUAGUUGACCGAAAGUUUCUAACGGCAAAUAACAUUUUGCAAUGUUAUUUUUCAAAAAAAAUAUCUAUUACAUUGUGUUUCAAUGUGAACUAUAUUUUUCUGUUGUAAAUGGCGUCGCUGUUACAGUAAAUUUUAAGGUUGUUAUAGUUAUUUAAUGAAGGUAGUUUUUACGCAUAACUUUCCGUGGUGGUGCUUCCAAAAGUCUUAUUAAGGACAAUUUUAGGGUAGUUUUAGUGCUAUCCGUUUCACUGCGCGCUCGUCACCGCUAAGGGAGGGGCGGUUUUUGUUUUUAUCUUAUAUAACUUUAUUUAUAAUGCUCAAUAUUCUUUAUAAUAAUUUAUAAUUUUUAACAGUUUUUUUUCUCUGUAAAAUCUCUGCCUUCGGCCCUGAUUAGGAUAUUUUAAUACCGAAAUUGGAAAUAGGGAAAAAUCUAUAUUAAAAAAAAAUAAUCUUAUUCCGUACACAAACAUCCCGAGUCGAUAGUUCUGAUCUACGUUGUCGACACCUAAACCAGAUAAAAUGCUGACUAUGCCAUAGUCUAUUAAAAUUUCUAGAUUACAGUAUUGAAAUUUCCAUUAAUAUCAGAAGUCGCGAGAUUUAUAUGUAAUGUAAUUUUUUGGUCUCUUAGACCAUUAACAUUUCCAGCCUGAUCUGAAUAUUAUAUCGCCUGCAUUAUAAUGUACAUAGAGCGCCUCGUUUAUACAAUAGAAUAUAUUUACCAAAAAUAAUAUAGUAUAGGAGAGAUAUAUCAGAUAGACCGGCUCCGAGGUGGAAGACGCAAUAUACCAAGUACCGAUACAAUUUUUACGCCGGACAGUUGUGCCUUGUUAAUAACAUAUGGCUUUAAAGUACAAGUACAUUUCAAGGGCACCUAUUUCUAGGUCCGAGAAGAAAUUUUGCAAAAUCAUAGUCACAUCCCCACUUCGUUACGACUAUUCCGUAUGUCGUUUUUUAUUCGCACUUAUAUUAUCUGCUACCAAUGGUUUAGUGCCAAAAGACAGAAAAACUGCUCUUAUUGGCUACAAUUCUCCUAAUUCGGUUAUGAAGGGAUUUUUUUUUGACUCGUUUUAGUACUGAAAUAUUUAAAAAUACUAAACAUUUUGAUCAUGGCACAAAGGAAUUACUAUUUCGUCUCUUAGGAACACAGGUGGUGGUCCCACGCUAGAAGCUCUUUAAUAUUUGAUAAUCGUUACAAUAGUUUAUCAGUCUUUCGAGGGAGCUGUACAAUAGAUUUUUGGCUAUUGUCUGUGAAGCCAUUUUUUGUUUUCCCUUGUAAAUGGGAAUUGUUUAAAAGUAUUUUUCUUUGAUACUGUUUGUGUCUUUUCUCAUUUAUUUCUUAUGGCCACUAACCUAAAUACCUAAAAAUAUAUCUACCAAAAAAUUGAGGUUUUUGUUUUGACACGUUCAAAACUUUAUUUCUAUAGUUCUUAUGCGAGUAAAUUAUUUUUUUUUUAAUUUUAAUUUAUUCGUCUGGAGUUUUUCCAAAUAUCAACAGCAUGUCGUGCGUUCAGGUUUCUUGCGAAGGAAGCAAGUUCAUUAUUUUUGGAGAUUACCGCACAUUUGUGCUCUUUUAUAUGGGGCUUUUAAUUUUAUAGGGAUUUGAAAAUAGGUUGCCAUUCAAAUGAUCAGCAGUAAGUGAAGAAAAUGUUAAACUAAUCAAUCUUCUUACUUAGUUUAUAAGUGUGUCCAAUCUUGUAAAUAAUGUAGUUAACCUCUUUUUCACUGCUAGUUAGAAUAUACGAGAAUUAGGGAGGGUUCAUUAUUAGGUCAUAUUGUGUAAGAAAAACUUUAUAAAUUAUUUUUUCUAUAAGAACACUAGCGCUAGUUGUAGAAGUUAUAAUAAAUCGAUUCUCGAUCACACAAUGAUUUGAUAGAUUUUCGUCUUAGGUCACGAAAAAAAAAUAUUCAACGAUCUCAGUAUUAGUAUCUCUUAGUAAGUUGUUAGUAUAUUAGUUAACGUGCCGUUUGAAUGAAACUACUACGUUCCGCCAACCACACACCGCCACAGACGCGUCGGCCACGGACGGCCACGGGUCGUGCCACAGCGGUCUCUAUUGACAAUAGGUAUUCAAUGUGAGUUGCGACGCGGAAGAAGCGAACACUGAAUGCAACCAGAUACGUACAAGCCAAGAGUUAGCCCUUAAUAGAUGUAUGUUGUAUAUUUUUCUAAUACGCCUCAGCUCCGCCGGUCUGUCGUUGCGAGACGCGUGAUGUAGACGAGCGAGUACAAGAGGUAACCACAGCAAUACUAUAAUAUUAACGAAGCGAGUGUUAUGCAACUAAUGAUAAGUGUAAGUUAAUGUUUGCAUAAGCGAAAUUGCCUUAACGUAGCUGUAAUUACAUUAGGGACGACCGACUCUGACGUAGCCUUGAGCUCCGUGACUGCCUCCGUACUAGGUUUAUAAACGCGGUAGACACAGAUUUUGUAUAGGAUCAACAGACCAAUAGACGUCGAGUCGCGCCGCAGGAAGUCGCUAUAUCACCGUAUCUAUGGGAUGGCGAAUUAACAUUUCACGUAAUUAGCGUUCUUAUCAAGUGCACACUAUUGUUGGUCGAUGUAAAUAUAUUUUAUACCGUAUUAGACCUUGGUACUUUCAUGUUAAGAUGCAUUUUUCAUCGAACGGUCAGUGCGAUCCGAACGAGGCGGCGGCGUGUCGCGUGCUUGGGAAGCGGCACGCUUCAACAUACAUUAAAGGGACGGCACGCAGGUCCGCACUGUACCGUGAGCGUGAGCUCGCGGCCUCAGAGGUCACGCCCUCUCUCGUUUUGAUCGCACUCGCCUCACCGGGUUGUACAAACCUUUUUAAUGUUUUGACGACUCGCCCUUGACUUUUAGGGAACAUGAAUUAUUUUGAAUUCCGAUUUAUAUUUUUAUUUGUAUAACUCCCCGUGCAUGAGGAUUUUAUAAAGUACGAUACUACUCUAAGAUGUUUUUGAUAUUUUUAAUGUGGAAUUUUAGUCAUCGCUUUAGGUUUCUUUACAUAUUUUAAUAUUACCGCGUGCUCCGACCGCUUCUUGAUAACAAGCUGAGCUCCGGUGUGACGUCACAGUGAAGUGCAGAGCGGACAGUCGGCGCUCUGCUGUAUUCAUAUAUUGUAGCGUGUGAGAGUUCCCGCUGAGUCGACACGGCUGUAAUAGUAAUAACUACACAGAGCAGGUCGACGCGGAGGGAGGCGUACGUUGUGAGUUUGUGUAUCAAGAGCGGUGUAUGUUUGUUUGUAUGAGGAAUAGCGUAGCAACGUUUUAUUGAAAUACAAUUUAAUUAUCCUAUUAUUGUUUUGUUUCAAACUCCAAAUCAUAUACCUUUAAGUUUUCUUUCAAUUUAUUUGGGUAAAAAUAAAAGGUUUGAGGCCGACAACCAAAAAAAAAAAUCUGUGCAUAUUUAGAGUUUUUACCUAACAUUUAUUUUAAGUAAAGCGACAACGACAUUUGUAAAAUUACAUCAAAACGCUUUCAAUAACAAUUAUUAUAGUGAUUGAAAUAUUUUUUUUAAUGGAUAUAGAUAAUAAAUAAAUAUAUACAUUAUAAUAUA